UAAAAUUAUACGUUCCCUCAGGAGAUGGUGUCUGCUCUCCCUAGUCCUUCGUUUCUCCUCUCUUGCCUUUUCCUCAGGAACAGUCCCACAGAUUUUCUAUACGCCUGUUCUGCGAGAAGACGUCGCUGCUGUCACUAAAGGCUGCCCCGUCAGAUGGGAAUUCUUCAAGGGCAAAUGCUACUUUUUCCCUACCACACUGCAAACAUGGAAUGAGAGCCAGAAGAUCUGCGCUGAGUUCAGUUCUCAUCUCGCCGUUGUCAACAGUGAAGAAGAAUUGGUUUUCCUGAAGAGCAGAACCCAGUUAGAAAAGUAUUUUAUUGGCUUAACUCAGAAAGAUGGAAGGUGGUCAUGGAUUGACGGCACAGCAUUUGACCAUAACAUAUUUAGUCUCAACCUCGGAAGUUUUCAAUGCGCCGUGGUUGGAUUCGGUUCCACUGAUCGAGCAAUGUGCUCUGUAUCACACCGCUGUAUUUGUGAAAAGAACGCAUAAGAGCCUUCCUACCCAUGGGAGCGCCACAUCGAUGAAGAAGAUCUAGGUUCUUCUGUCAGCUUCCUAGACAAUCUUGGGCCACCAUCCAGCUUUAGUUGCCCGUGAUCAGUAGUCCAGGGGAGAGGUGUGUGUGUGUAUUCCCCCAACAAGACAAGAGGUAUCGUGUCAGUUCCCAGUAGAACACCAAAACACAGAAGCAAAAUGUGCUUCCGUGUGCACAUCUGCUUCCACAUUGGGGCCUUUUCCAGAGCCUGUUUUGAGGCACUCCCUUCCGCUGCACUGCAAGGUAAAUUCACU